AUGCCUCCCAGCCAUUUGCUGUCCAUCCUACGACUGUUCGUUGUCUGUCCGGCACUGUUUGCUCUUUCGCGAAUGCAAGCCUACCUUAUCACCUUCUUGCCGACUUCACUACAGUCUCGGUCGCGCAGUCUAUCCUCUCCGGUAUCACCGCUUCCCUCUGUCCAACUGGCUCCACAGUCGAAUCACUACCCUCCUGCUCACUUUCUUCCCGCCCGUCCAUCACGUCUUGCCGCGUCCAGCACUCUCACCAUGGCCACCAGCCGCGUUGGCAACACACCCGAUGCCAGUUGUGGUGGUGAUGUUGCUUUUUCCCUCUCGGAGCGC